AUGAAGAUCAUUGCGACAGCAACAAUUCUUGGCAUGGCAUUACUCCAUGUUGCAACCCCAACGAUUGCUGCCGUUGCCUUUCGUCCCGCACUCGAAGCAGACGAAACGAAUAAGCAGCAACAAGAUGCACAAGACGAGGAACGAGCACUUGCUGCUGAGAAUCAUGACGCAACAGCAAGUGGAGACUGGAAUGCUCUUCUUGCGGAUCGAGAGACGCGUGCUCUAGCGUAUAUUCUUGAGGCAGCAGAUAUUAUCGAUGAAGAAGAUAACUAUGAGGAAGAGGAGGACGACUAUGAAGAUGAAGAUUUGCUUGCAUCUGGUGGAAGACGCCGUGCACUAGCUGAUGGUGGACGACGUCGAGCGCUAGCGAAUGGUGGAAGACGUCGAGCGCUUGCUAAUGGUGGAAGACGUCGAGCGCUUGCUAAUGGUGGAAGACGUCGAGCUCUGGCUGACGGUGGAAGACGUCGUGCUCUUGCUGAUGGUGGAAGACGUCGAGCUCUUGCUGAUGGUGGAAGACGUCGAGCUCUUGCUGAUGAUCAUUAG